AUGGAAAAGCUAUACCAGAGCAUAAUGGGAUACUAUGCUGUUGAUGUGAAAAAGGUGUCCGUGGAAGACUUUUUGACUGACUUAAAUAACUUCAGAGCCACAUUCAUGCAAGCAUUAAAGGAAAAUGUCAAAAAAAGAGAAGCAGAGGAAAAACAAAAACGUGCCAGAAUAGCCCAAGAAUUGGCAGAGAAAGAAAGACUUGAACGCCAACAAAAGAAAAAGCGCUUAUUAGAAAUGAAGACUGAGGGUGAUGAGACAGGAGUGAUGGAUAGUCUGCUGGAGGCCUUGCAGUCGGGGGCUGCCUUCCGCGAUCGAAGAAAAAGGACACCGAAGCCAAAAGAUAUUCGGCAGAGUCUCAGUCCCAUGUCUCAGAGGCCUAUUCUGAAAGUUUGUAACCAUGAAAAUCAGAAAGUGCAGUUGACAGAAGGGUCGCGUCUACACUACAAUAUCAAUUGCAACUCAACAAGGACUCCAGUCGCCAAGGAGCUUAAUUACAACCUCGACACUCACACGUCCACAGGGAGGGUCCAGGCAGCUGAGAAGGACACCUGCCGUGUAGAAAGCAGCAGAAAAAGGGAAAAGGAACUUCUUGGCUCAGUUUCUAAAAACGAAUCCCUUCCUGAAGUUGAAGCCCUGCUGGCAAGAUUACGAGCUUUAUAA